CCGCAGCAGAGAACGGAUCGCAGCAGACACAGGCAAUAUGCUCCCAUCUAUUUUUCUCUUAUUAUCUGGCAUAACGCUGGGAAAUGCAUUGGCCAGCGAAUCAAUCGAUUGCGUGACUGCGAACAGUGAUCAGGAAUCACUAUUUUGGCUUGGAACAAUUCGUUAUUUCAGCCCGCUUACCGGCCGAUUGUAUCCCUGCUCUGGCGUUGCCAUCACCUCUCGCCACGUACUGGCGCCGGCGCACUGUGUGAUCUGGCAGCACGAAAAAAAGACUACAGCUUCAGGACUGGAGGUGAAACCCAUCACAUCAGGCGGAUUUUCAUUCAUCCAAAAUACACUUUGGAACGCUCUGAUAACGAUAUCGCUGUACUACUGCUGGGGAACGAUUCUGUGGUGUCUUCCUGCCUGCCUCUGGCGGAGGAGGUGCAGGCUGUUGCCCUCACUGCCUGGCGCUUCGAUGUGGCGACCACCGCACUGGGUCCAAAGGGGAAAAACAGUCUUCGAACGAGUAAAAUUACGAGCCAAGCCUACUGCCAGCGGAAUUUCGAAGGUCUGGCCAUAACGGAGCAUGAGGUGUGCGCACACAUACCGACCGACAGCCCAAUAUUGAUGGGUUCGGCAUUGCUGGACAGGGGCAUGGAGAACGGCACUGAGACAUGGCAGCU